AGCGGCUGUUUUUCAUCCGUCGCCCGGUGAAGGAUUGGUCCGGUUCCUCUCGUGUGUGUGUGUGUGUGUGUGUAAAUAAAACCUUUUUAUUUUAAUUUGUCAACAUGACGCCAACUUUUAAUCAUCACAAUACAACUGGUUUUAUUCGGAGGCGCCACUUUGCAGAAGAAGCUCAAUGAGAGUUUGAUCAAAACCUCGCCGCUUCGCCUCGGACUGUUUCCUCAUAUUGACAUUUUUAACAAACAUGGCAGCAGAGGAUCCCUGCUCCCAGUUCUCAGACUGGGAGCCGGACCCGUCCACGCGUGGUGGUGGUGGUGGUGGUGUGAAGCAGGAGAAACAGAUGUGUGCGUCACAGAGGAGGUUCUACAGCCUCUGCAGGAGGAAGUCAUUUGCUGCCUUUGUGACAUCCAAGAGCGACGGCAGUCAGGAGGAAGGAGGUGCAUCCUGGUGCUGCUGCGGCCAGACCUUCAGGGAACACUCGGCUAUUCACAAACAUGUGGCCAGGACUCACGAGGGGGAAAUAAAGCAGCUGACACAGACGACAUACCAGUGUUUUUUAAGCCAACUGGAGGAAGAACCUGAAAUACAGCAACCAAACGCCGAGGCGGUGGACAUUUCUGCAUGGAUACCCGACACCAGCCACAUUUCUGAGGAGCAACUUCAGAAGGGUCCAGGAAAGGUUGUCCUCUUUUAUCACUACGGUCAAGUGGAGGAUCCGCAGGUCAUCUGUGCUUGGCAGAAAGCUCUGUGUGAAAAGCUCCACCUAACUGGCAAGGUGAGGGUGGCGUCCGAGGGCGUCAAUGGAACAGUCGGUGGCACCAACAUGGCGACGGACAUUUACAUCAGCGCAAUGUGUUUGCAUCCUUGCUUCAGGAUGGAGAGGGAGGAUUUUAAGACCAGUGAUGGUGGUGCAGAGUGUUUCACAGACCUCAGGGUUGGGGUCUAUAAAGAAAUCGUCCCCAUGGGAGUGGACCCUGAUGUCAUCUCCUACCAAUUAGCAGGAAUUCAUUUGGAGCCUGAGGAGUUUCACAAAGAGGUGGAGGCUCUUUUGACCAAAGGAGAUUUGUGCACUGACACCAUUCUCCUCGACUGCCGCAACUUUUACGAGAGUAAAAUUGGGCAGUUUACUCAGUGUCUGGCCCCAAACAUCCGUAAGUUCAGCUACUUCCCGGACUACAUCGACCAGAACCUUGAACUGUUCAGGGACAAAAAGGUCCUCAUGUACUGCACAGGAGGGAUCCGCUGUGAGCGAGGCUCUGCCUACCUCCGCUCAAAAGAUGUGUGCAAAGAGGUUUACCAGCUGAAAGGUGGAAUUCACAAGUACAUGGAGCGAUUCCCAGAAGGUUUCUAUCGUGGAAAGCUUUUCGUGUUUGAUGAGCGUUACACCAUCUCCUCCAACAGAGACAUCAUCUCAGACUGCAGGUACUGCGGCAGUCCGUGGGACCAGUACAAGCUCUGCUCCACCCAGUUCUGCUGCCAGCUGGUUCUGUCGUGUCCCAGCUGCAGACGGGACGGACACACCUCCUGCUGUCCCACCUGCCAAACCAAGGGCCGGGCUCAGAGCGAGGCACCGUCCGCCGCUCCACAUCAGAGAGAGGAGUGCGAGUGCACAGACGGGCGUCCCAGAAUCCCUCAGGAUGUGUAACUCGACAGUGGAUGUGAUCGAACAUGAGUUCUUACGGUCACAUGAAAACUGCUGCAUUUCCAGGGAUAGUAAAUAUUAUAUAUUAACUGUAACUGUACAGUAUUGAGUAUAUUUUAAGUCAUCCAUUUUUUGUACAAAUGUUGGGGUUUAAGUCAGAUUUACUGUAUUUAGGUGGUUAAAGUAAUCUGUGAAUCGGAUGUAAAAUGAUAAGAGUUGAUUCCUAUUUUAUUGAAAACAUGUAUAUGAAUACACACCUGCAGAAUUCAUGAGUUUUCUGACACUGAUUUUUAACUGGAAUGCCUCAUCAGUAAUAAAUAAUACUUUGUCCCAG